UAACAAACCCUUCCAUCCUUCAUUUUCUUCCCCCCCCUCCCCUCCUCUCUUUGCUCCCUUGACUUUCUUUGUUUAAAUAUCCUCCUUAGCCAUCAUGAGUUACCAGAACUUGGAGGACAACAACCAAGGGGGCUACGGCCAAUACAACCCUUAUGGUGCCCAGCAGAACCCAUACGGUGCCCAGCAACAGCAACAACCCCAGCAGGGUUACGGAUAUGGUGGCGGCUACGGUCAGGCCGGUGCCAUGGAGCAGGGCAACGGUGGUUAUGAAAUGAACAACAUGCAGCAAGUCCCCGAUAAGAAUGCGCUCUUGACCCGGAUCAACGAGCUCAAGCAGGGAAUUGAGGAUGUCAAGAGGAAGCGUACCACUCAGCUCCGCGCCGCCCAGGCUGCUCUCCUGGAAUCCAACACCGCCAAGGAGGACCAGGUGACGCGCCAGAACGUCGACUAUAUCGAGGACGAGAUCAACACUGCUCUGCGUUACCUGCGCGACCAAUUGAAGCGCAUCGCCGACACCCCUGGCUGCGGUACUGCGGGCCCCGCCGAGCACUACACAAUCGCCAAGAAGGGCUUGCAGGAUGAGAUUACGGCCUACCAGGGCGAUCAGUCCAACUUCCACAAGCGCCUGGAGGAGCAGGUGCGCCGUCGGUACCAGAUGGCCAAUCCCGAGGCCACCCCGGAUCAGCUCGAGGCUGGUGUUCAGGCUGUGAUGCAGGGCCAGGAGCAGGCAUUCAUGACCCCCGGAACUCGUUCUCGCCAGGCCAACGAUGCGCGCCAGGCCACCCUCGCACGUUCCGCUGCUAUCCGGAAGAUCGAGAAGGAUAUGGCCGAUCUGGCUCAGCUGUUCACUGACGUUCAGGAACUUGUCAUCCAGCAGGAGCCUGCCGUCACUCAGAUCCAGCAGGGUGCUGAGGAGACCCACCGCAAUGUUCAGCAAGCCAACACCAAGUUGGACAGUGCUAUUACUAGCGCCCGCAACGCCCGUCGCUGGAAGUGGUAUGCGCUGAUCAUCGUUAUCAUCAUCAUUGCUAUUGUUGUCGGUGUCGCAGUCGGUGUUACCGAGGCCAACAAGAGCAGCAAAUAAGCGUCUGCUUUGCUUUCCCCCCAUGUCUCCCUCCCAACCAUGUACGAACCUAUCACUCCGUCCUCCUCUCAAACGAAAAACGUCGCGACUCGAAUCCCAAACUCGCCGCGCUCGUUCCCACCGUUCUCACACACGUCACCCAGCAAUCCUCCCCACCUGUUUCCCCCUUCGUUUCUAUACCACCUUCUCGCAUGUCAUUUUUUGUUUCUCUCUCUCUAUUGUGUAAAAGCAAAUUCUCGAUCGGCCUUCUUUUCCUUAUGUUCUUCCAGUUGCUGCAGGUAUCGUGUACAGCCGCUGCAUGCGACUGUUCCAUGAUGAUGAUUGUGCUUUUGAUCCUGCUCCCGGGCACUCGAACACGUUGCCGUCGAGGGUGCUGCUUCAGUGCUCUGGGAUGUACAUACUAGAUUGUUUUGCUGCUUUGCCUGUUGGCGCCCUUUUUGUUUUUGUCUGGCACUCGAUUCCUAUGUAAUACCGUCUAAUAAUUUAUCCCUUCUGUCUGAA